AAUUGGGUGCCCUAGAUUCUAGGUAUUCAACUAUACCAUCUCCAAAAGCUGAAGAAGAGACACAUAUACCAACAGAACCAGAAGCAAGAUCUAUGGAAAAGCAAAGUAUUGAAGUUGAAACUUCAGGGUUGGAGGCAGAUUUUCAAGAUGUGUCAUAUUCAGUAUGUGAAUCAGACAAGCACUUAGAUGCAUCUGUUCCACUUCCAAGCACUGAGGGAGAGACCUUCAGUCACUCCUGCCUAUGAUUCCAGAAUUGGAUUAUAAAUCCCCAAUUCCAGCAGAAUGGGAGAGAGAAGAAAAGGAACAUUAUUCGUUCGUAACUCCAACAACAAAACUGGAAAGCCCUACUACUGCUUCAGAACCAGAGAGAAGCCCAAAUGCUGCAUUCAAUAGUUCACUGAAUGAGGCAGCCAAACCAUCUCCAGUAAUGGUAUCAAGUGUUCCUGAUGAAACAAAGGAUCAGACAGUUUCCAAAAAGUCCAAAGAAACGUCUGUGCUGGCGUCAGAACAGGCCAACUAUCUUUCACCAGAUCUUAAGGGCAAAGCUGAGCUAGAAGAAAGUCAAUUCCUUCUUCCAGUGCUGACUCCAGAACUGGGACUAGAUGAGACACCAUCUUUUACAGCUUUCCCCAUUGCUGGAGACCGGGUGGAGGCACUUCAUUCACCCAUGGCCCCAAAGACUGUGCCACAGGAAUCAAAUUCCAUUCCAGAAGAUUCUGUUUCUGAAGAAGUGAAGGGAAUGGCUCCUCCUGACUCACCCCUGUCUGCCGAACUGCUUUCCCAUGAAAUGUUUUCAUCAUAUGCUCUUUCUGCUGAUGAGAAACAAGACCAAUCACGUUACUUUGAUUCCCCAGUCACAAAUGAUCUGGCUACUGGAAAAGUGGGCAUGCAAGAUGCUCAGUCUCACUUGCUUGUUACUGCACAGUCUGAAAUGAUCGGUCAGGAUACCAAGGCUUGUUGCCCUGAGACAGCACAACUGAAGCAUGAAGAUUUGACCUUACUGGAUUCCACAGAAGAGAUCAAGGAGCAAGAGACUCCUCUGCACUCAUUUCCCACUGGGCCAUCCGCACCUUUACACCAAGAAUUGUUGUGCAACAAAGGUGAAGAGGAAAUCCAAGAAAGGGUACCUUUGCAGACUGAGCACUCCAAGGAGCAUGCUGUUCUCUCAAACUCUUCCAUCAUGCAAGAGGAACUAGAGCAGCUAAAGUUAUUGGAAUCAGGAAAAGAAUCAUCAAUAGAAGAAAUUCAGCCUUUUUCUUCUACCUUUGUUCAAGAUUCACCCAAACUGCCUGGUGAGACAGGAUCACAGGGACAACAGGACUACUUGCUUCAAACUGCAGAAUUGGGCUCUGUAGCUUCAAUGUUAUCUCAGUUAAUGGAUGAAGCAAAGAAACAAGAACUUCAUCAGCCACCACCUGCAGACUUGUCUUGUUCCUCAGAAAUACAAUUGUAUUCAUCUGAAGCACAGAAUCAGAACUCAGAAAAGUCACCAGCAGUUUCAUCUUUUCUCCCAGAGAAAGUGGAGGAGCAGCAGGUUAAUUCACAUCCAUCAGCAGUCUCAGUACCUUCACCCAGCUCUGCUCUGCUGGAUGUAUCUGACAAGGACAAGAAACAAAAGGGAGCAAAGGAGAUACCAGAAGAAUCCUUGUCCAUCACUGCAUUUCUCCUUUCUGAGGCAAAGGCGAUGCGUGCACGUUGUCCCCUCCCCUCUGAAACAGAGAAUCUAGAUGCUCAACCUCCUUCCAAGGAAGAUGGUUUGUUGAAAGAAAGAUCAGGAACCGCCUUGGCUCUUCUUCCUGAAACAAAUGUAACUAUUAAGAGAGAAGCUGAGCCUUCUUUGACACAUUUUGAAUCAGAGCAGUUUACUAAUAAACCUCAAACAGAUAUUAUUUCAAGCUGUUCCCUUGAAGAAAGAACAGAAAACAUUUCUGAUAUUCCUACAUUACCUCAGAUUGAACCCUCCUGUGCCUUGAUACUAAAACCCAUAAAUGAUACUCAUGCACAUGACCCCGAUUCAUCAGUAAAUUCAGCAGACUCUAACACAAUGGAUAGUAAGACUAUGGUAAUUAAUGAGGUUGUUCUUGCAAAAACAGAAGAAGAAACAUAUUUGCCCAGUGUGGACAGAGAUCUGAAAGAACCUGAGAAAUACUUACAAAAAGAAAAGGGCUUAGAAGAUGAGGAAAAACAAAGAGAAUUGAUACCUGCUCCUGAGCUUGAUCAAGAAAAAGAUACCUUUACUAUUUCUGAAGGUUACCAGGUAGGAAAAAUCCAAGCUCCUCCACUAAUUUCUCCUGUUGAUAAAGACAAGCACAUGCUUGAGAGUUUAGAAUACUUGGAAGCAGUUCCAUUGUUGAAAACAAAACCAUUUCAUGAUACUGAAGACGUGGUUCUUCAGCAGGAACCUUCAGUGGGUAAAAUUUUAGAAGGCUUGAAAGCAGACAUUCAUGAAAAUAAGGGAAAUGAAUCAAAGGAACUUACGAAAGCAAAAGGAGUCCAGGAAAGUGCAGAAACCACAAUCGAAGUUUCUGCUAUCCCAGAAAACAAGUGUUAUGGAAUUUUAAAAGCCACUGAUAUUGAUUACUUUGAAAAGUAUACCUUGACUGAUGAAACUUCCUUCACCCAGACAGGGAAAGAACAGUCUAUCAAAGAUGUGCAGAGGUCAUUUGACAUUACAAAUGAACAUUCUGAGGAAGGAACAUCUCCAGUUUCAAGCUCAGAGAGUAUUUUAAAAUUCUCUUCAUUAGAAAAAGACUUGGAUAAAGCCAAGAAAGAAAAUGCAACCAUUACCCAUGAAGCCACUUCAAAGAUACUAAAUGAAGCAGCAGCUACCAAAGGAAAUUCUGAAAACACAGCGGGUGAACUUAACUUGCUAGCUGCUGAUGCACCCUUAUUUAACACAGGAAAAGAUGUGUUAUGCCAAUCUCCAUUAACUCCCCUGCCUACUACUGUAGUGAGCCCUGGAUUUCUAGAAGCACCACCUGCUUUGUCAUUUUUAUAUGAAGAUCUCUAUGAAGGAGUAGUAGAAGAAUUAAAAGAAGAUAGCAGCAAAUAUCCAUCCAAUGAAAAAACUGAGUAUACAGAAAAUGAUGUUCAUAUUAGAGGUCAUGCUUCAGAUGAUGGGUCUGGAAUAUAUUGUAAAAAGGACAUUCCUGAUGAUUCUGUUCCAAAUACUUCAGAAGAAUCCCAAACAGAGAAAGUUCUAAAAGAUCAGCCUAUUAUUGGACAAGCUUUAAAUGAACCAAGAGUCACAGAAAGUGCAUGGGAACCAAGUGAAAAGAAACAUGAACCUCCUCACAUUCCAGCUGAAGCACCUGCCCCCGGAGGGGUCAUAUCACCAACUGGAGUUAUGGAGAGUCAGAGCAAUACAUUGAUAGAGAGCCCAGCUGAGAUUAUUAGUGAUGUAAAAGUUGAAAUUUGCCGGCCAACAUAUGCGAUUCCUUUUGGAAGUGGAUUCUAUAGCUCGGGUGCAAGUAAUGAUGACAGCGGCCAAAUAAGAGAAGAACAAUAUGUGACUGAAGAAACAGACCAGGUAUUACCUGAGGAAACAAGUGAUGAGGAGUCUAGUCCAAUCCUUGAUUAUGCAGCAACUGUAUAUCAACAUGAAGCAUCUGUGCAAAAUGAAGCCCAGGAAGUUGCUGAUUUGGCAGUUGACCAAAGCCAACAGUCUGAAAUAACAGAAGUCCAUGAAAUGUAUAAUGAUGUCAUAAAACCUUUGGAAGAAAGUCCACGUUCUUUUGAAGCAUCACAGGAUGCUGACUCUCACAGGCAAAAUGAGGGGCAAGCAGAAGGCAACGUAAUGGCAGCCGUUGAUGAGUCCAUGACACAGGAAGCACAUCUUUUAGAUCACAACCAUCUCGCCUGUCAGGAGACUGAGAGGCAGGCUUCUGAACAAAGCGUUGGAGAAUAUACUGUUCAUGAUCUAACUGAGCUCAACAGAGAAACAACAGACCAACAAGAACCAAAAGAAUUAUCUGACCAACCAUUUGUGGAACUGGACUAUUCUCUUUUAUCACAUGAGUUUGAUACCUAUCCAUUAUAUUCAAUAAAAGAAGAAGAGUACAGUGACAUUGAUGAAGAUCUAGCAGAACUCAUGGACUAUGAAAUGGUUGCCCGAGAUGAUGUCUUUCAGGAAGAAAUAUCCUCAGAAGCAGCUCAUGAAGAGCUGCUGCUUGAUGACAGAAAAUCCUUAGAUCAUAUUAGUGAUACUUACGAAUUUGUGAAUGAAAGAGAGGCAAGUAUGUAUCCUGAAGAAGAGGAAUUUGAGUUGAUGAAUUCUGAAAAGCUACCAAGAAAUAUUCCAGAAACUGAGAUCCUACAGGAAGAAAUAGAUUGGGCACAAUUGGAUAGCUAUUGCUACCAAUGUCAGUGUCCUAUCUCUGGCGAGGACAAGCUUUUUGGGGAGCAUAAAGAGCAUGAUGUGACAGACUUGGAUAGAGCCGCGACUGUAUUAAAGAGUCAAUUGGAUGGAUCCUUAGAUGUUUUGCAAGAAAGGUCUUUGAAGAUUGAGGGGUUUGUUGGUGAAAUAGAAGCUCUGUUUAAUUCUCUUGAGGAAAACUGUAAGGAAAAGGAGCAGCUUUUAGAAGAACAAAAUGAAAGUAUCAUCAAGAUGGUGGUGGAGAACCAUGACAGAAAGGCACAAAGCUUUGAGGAAGUAAAGAACACAAAAAUGGAGUAUCUUUAUGAACAGAUGGUGAAUUUUCAAGACUAUAUUGAUACAGCAAAGGAUACGCUGGAGACUAUAAUAAGAGAAACUGAGGGAAUGGAUGAUUUUGUAUUUCUACAGUCAUCGGAAGAAAUAAACAAAAGGUUACUCUCUGCAGUGGAGGAAAUUAUCACUGUGGAAAAGAUGCCUGCUGCAUUCUCACAGUUUGAGCAUUAUGCAGGUGGCUCAGCAAAUGCUGACCAGACCUUAACACACAUGCCUGUGCCACAAACACCUAAAUUACAACCCCAGGAUCCAAACUCUGCUACGAGCACAUCGAUUGCAGUGUACUGGACUGUGAAUGAAGAUGAUGUCAUUGAUUUCUUCCAGGUUUAUUGUAUGGAGAAAUGCCCAGGAAACAAAGAGCAAGGUGGCCUAGUAGAAGAAUAUCGUGUCACUGUGAAGGAGAGUAACUGCAUAUUGGAAGAUCUGGAACCUGGGCACUGUUACAGCGUGUGGGUUAUGGCUGUGAACUACACAGGAUGCAGCUUUCCCAGUGAAAAAUCCACAUUUAGAACUGCUCCCCCAACCCCGGUAAUAAACGCAGAAGAAUGUACUAUCUGUUGGGAUACUGCUACUAUUCGAUGGACUACCAGUCAUCCAGAAGCUACUGAUUCUUUUACGCUCGAGUAUUGCAGACAGUAUUCUCCUGAAGGGGAAGGUCUCAGAUCUCUUGCUGGAAUUAAAAGACCUGAAAUGAAGGUUCGCCUUGAAUCAAAUAUAAAUUAUUUCUUCUACGUGAGAGCAGUUAACUCCUUUGGAACGAGUGAACAGAGUGAAGCUGCCCUCAUCUCAACAAAAGGAACUAGAUUUCACCUUAUGAAAGAAACAACUCACCCUGCAUUGCACAUAUCACCAAAUGGAACCAUGAUAUCCCUUCCCAAAGACAGUAAACUCACUGGAAUCUCACCAGUACUGGGAGAGCUCCUGCCUGCUCGAGGCUGGCACUACUGGGAAACCACUGUGAGUGGCUGUGCAGCGUACAGAGUUGGAAUCUGCAGUUCCUCCAUACGACAAGACAGUGUCCUGGGGCAGAAUGGUGCAUCCUGGUGCUUGCAUUGCCCUAGCAAAACAAGUUGUGUAUAUAAAGUCCUCCACAAUGGAGAGAUGAGUGAUGUGAUUGUCACAGAAGAGCCAGCCCGGAUUGGCAUUCUGCUGGACUAUAACACUGGAAGACUCUUAUUUUUCAAUGCAGAAAGAGGGCAAAUGCUGACUUCCAUCAGGCACAAGUUCACUGAAGCUGUACACCCUGCCUUUGUGUUGGAGCAACCAGGGGUCCUGAACCUGCAUACAGGCAUGGAGCUACCAGAAUUUGUGGAGCAAAGCUAAAGUUUCCCUUCAAGCCAUCCACAAGACAAUAGCAAUAAUAAUAAUAGAAAUUGUUCAAAACUGGGAUUGUCUUUUUGAACCUCCUAGCAAUGUCUAUGUUCAGGGAACAUAAUCCAGAUAGAUCUUCAGAGGGUUGAAUGACCUCAUUAGACCACAGCCCCCAUGCAUAGUAGUUUCCUAACUCCAUCACAAAGUCCUUUUUUAUACUUAGAGGAAGCUUCAAAAGCAGAACAAAAACUCCUUUUAGAAAGAAAAAUGAAAAGCUCACAGGGCACUCACAACCAUCCACAAGCCUCCAAGUAAUAGCUGUUUAUAUUCACUGGAGUCGUUGUGCUUAAGACUCACAAACAAAACCAUAAAUAAGUCCUCACCACUUACUACAAUGCAUGUACUCUGUGAUGUAUAUCAAAGCUUUUCUGGAGAAAGGAAUGAAGGAAUGCCACAUUCACUGAAUGGGAGGCACCAAGAACAUUUCUUACAUGGAUGAAAGAAAUGUUGUUCUUAGGAGCACCAGCGUGUUCUAACACGGUUCCCAAGCAUUUUAACAGGGCUUGCCAGAUAAAUGUUAAGGAAAGCGUGCACGUAUAGGCCCUGUUUGUGCUAUUCAGGGAGCAAUGAGUCAAGAUUGUUGAUGCUGCCAGAAGUGGAGUGGGAUUCAGUCUUCUUGGGUUCCAACCGAGUCAGUGCUCCUCUUGCCAUUAAUGCCUCUUGCUAGCUCCUCUCAAACCAGAAGCACAAGGCACCCUGCAUGAGGCACCUUCAAAGCAUUCAGGGUUCUCAGUCUGCUAGAGGUUCUGAACAUAGAAGUCUCCUUCCAUAUGGGCAUUGCCCUCACUCGUCUGGAACAGGUGUUAAUAUGAAAAUAAUUCUAGUAUUUUAAUAGUUUUACAUGGGAUUAAAAAUAAUGAUAACCAGAUUUUUAGUGUCGUAGUC